CGAGUUUGAAAGCAAAUAAUCGAUCAACUGAAACUGACAACCAUCGACCGCAGUCAAACGUCAACGGACAAUAAGCAGGAGGUACAUAUUGUUGUUGUUGGUGUUGCUAUCUUCCUCGCGCUAAUAGUUUACCUUGCUCGCCUACCGCACACACGCACACACACCUGCCCUGCGUUGCACGUAGGCGAAAACGGGCCGUCUAUAUAUGGGUUUCCUGCUUGUUCCCGCACACUCCUGUCGGCCAUGUUUUCGGACGGCGCAGUCCUUUAUAAGUUCUAAACAAAGUGUAACCCGCUCCGCCAUCAGCCGUCGGUGCCGUAGGUGCGAUUGAAAGAACAUCCGACCGCUGCAGAACGACCGGAAGAACGCACAAAAUGCGGCACGGAACUGGCUUGCCUCCAGUCCGUCCUUGUUGAGCAGCUGCUGCGCCAUCAGAAACACAACACAACUCCAGCGUCAUCGUCGCCGUCUCGCCUUCGACAAGCGUAAUCAGGUGUGAAAAUCGGAGAGUCCGUCGAUUGUUGUUCUAGCGGUGUAACGCCUUGCUUCGUUACAACGGAAUAACAGCGCAGCGACAACUGAUCGGACGGAAACUCCGUCCCGCGGGGACCUGCCUAUUUGGUCGGCUGCAGUGAAAUCAAACAGCCCCAUCAAACAGCAUCAGUUCAUCUAAGUAUGCUCUCCAGCAGUAGAAGCAUAGCGACAAAGAAAGCGUAGAACGGUCCCGGAUCAUCUAGUCAGCGGAAUCAUAACAAUCGACUAGCAGCUGCAGUCCACGGCUUCGCAGAAAGAACAAAGCCAAGAUGAGCCAGCAGAACGGUAGCGGCAAUCGUGGCCACCACGGCAAGGAUUCGGCCAAGCGGUUCUCCAUACACGACGCGUUCGAGGAGGAAACGGACGAGGUAAUUAAGGUGUACGGCUCGACCGUCAUCAGUACACCGAUGCGGGCGAAGGCGCGCUCCCCGGACGAUGUGUCGAUUAGAAUACACGAUCAAAGUAAUCGAGCUCAUCUAAAGUACACCGAUGAUACCACCUCCAGGGAUAGUGAUUCGCUGAUACAGGAGUACGGGCACCUGUCGGCGAGCGAAUCGUACACCUACUGCUGGCGGCACCCGAAGGUGCGGGAAAACUGGCGCACGGUGCUGGCCGCAUUCGCCCUGCUGAUCAUCGGCAUCGGACUGAUCGUGAUGGGUGCGUACGCGCUGGUCGAACCACACAACGGAUCGCAGGCGGCCGUGUUUUUCGUCGCCGGCUUCAUCUGCUUCGUCCCCGGCGCGUACCACGUCGUGUACAUCUGGCUGGCGGCCCGCGGCUACCGAGGAUUCGACUUCUACCACCUACCGCUUUUCACGUAAUAAGUGUGUGUACGUGUGUGUGUGUGUGUGUGUAAAAUGGAACACCAGCGCGGGAAGGAAGUACGCCGGCAGUAAGAGGUGAGGCCGAAUUUUCGACUGUGCGUUCGGGGUUUCGGGGGAAGGCCAGGGUCAACGGCGGCAGGGGCAGGGCCACGCCAUUUAGCUUAGGUUUUGCGGCAGUUUUAUAGAAUUACUUACGAUAACAACGGGCAAAAGACUUGAGAACAAGCGGUUUGUUCGCGGUUUACCUUUUUCUACGCUACGCUAUCUUGUUUUCGUACGCCGAGAAAGGAUCUAGUAGGCUAGUAGUGAGAGAUAACCUGUAAAAGAAUCAUCACGUGUUUCUUUCCCAAAGCAUAAUGUGAAGAAUGGCGAAUGAUGAUGAUGAUAGGCCCCGCAUAGAUGUACUGUUGUUGUGAAUUCAUGAGUGGCUCACAGCACCACGCUCACAGGGCGAGCAUAUUGCACACACAACAACACCAUCCCGUCCGUUGCUAGCGUCUUCCAGCGUACACUCGCGCACCCCCUCCACAACAACAACAACAAAAAGGUCCCAUAUUUUGUAUGCACACUACCGAACUAGGAAGGGAUACAUUAUUUUUGAUUGUAUAAAAUCAAGCGACAGUAAAACAACAAAACCGACCACACAGUUAGAAGGUUCAACCGAAACGGCGCCUAAGCUUAUUAUAAAAAAAAGUACUCUUUCACAAAAACGGGGCGAUUCACCGCACUGUGCGCGUGAAAGCACCUGUUUCGAAGUCAUCCUGCAACGCGCUCGGUCCAUUUCUUUGCGUGCCAUUGUAUUAUACUUUUUUUUUAUUGCUAUUUCUCCCGGGAGAAAUAUAAGUAGGCUGAGAAGGGAAAACAAUAUUGACCAAUGCAUCUCAAAGGUUUAAUAGAUUUGCAGCGCGAGCUUUACCAUGGUUACAGGAGGAACGGUUUUGUUUACACUACAGCUAAACGUGUCUAUAUUGCACUACACAAACAUUUGAAAAACAAACAUGCUACAUACGACGUGAUUUAAAUAUUAGCAGACAUUUACAGCAUCAUACAAUUUCCGAUGCAAAACAAGGCGGCGCGAGCAAAUAGGUAGGAAUUAGGAGAACGGAAGAGGUAUCGGAAUUGUCCAAAACUCUGUGGUGAAAUCAAAUGCGAAUGCGAAAAAUAAGCAAACAAUGCUGAGGAGGUCAGAAAGACUUGUUAACGCUAGCAUCAUUAUAAUAAUUAUUAUUGCUACUACUACUACUAUCCCUUUAGUAGUUCGCUUGCUAAUCGAUGACUAGGGCGUUGAUGCAGCUGAAGUGCUUAUAUACAUAUAUGCUGUGUAAAAGAGAAAGGAUGGGUGGUUGUAAUGAGGUCUUAUCUUUAGUAUUGCGAGGUUUUGGGGCUCAAUACACACAUACACAUAUUUAUAUUUAUAGUAGAUGCGCUGUAAACCGGAAACGGGAUGAAUUCCCCCCCCCCCCACAACUCUAUUCGGAACCAAAUUUUUGUAUCAAAACAAUCAAACUGGCAUAUUUUUGCACUACACCACCAUUACCCAUCCCUAUAUUAGGCAUGUAAAGUCGAGAAGAAUACAAUACGAGCUCUCUUUAAACAAAAAAGCAAACAGGCCUAGAUGCUGUAAUCCACAAAUUUGAUAGAUAGCUGUAAAUCGUUUACUUUACUAACACACCGAUUUACUGCAAAUUUAAUUGCAAUUUAUGGGCAACCACCAAACGAAAAAAGCAAAGUGCAAGAUGGAAGGUAGUCGCUUACGCUCGAUAACGCUUUCAUUGCUGCCGGGGGAAAAACAAACAAACAAAAACAAUGGCAAAUCGGGGGCCACCGUGCUUUAUCUAAGGCGUAUUGGUUUACCUUUUGGUUCUGGAUUGGAACUGAAAUGGGUAAAAA